CGUGGGACGCUCCUAUUGGUCCGAAGCGCUGACGUCAGCACGGGUGACCCUCUCCCUCUUUCCCCGGCGCUGAAGGAGGCGCCGCGGCGCGGUGGAAGAAUGCGGUCGUGCUCAGUUGCCGUUCGCCGGGUGUUCUUUGCUACGGGUUUCCGUAGAAGCGGUGCGAGGGCUGCGAUUCGCGUGACCAGUUAAAGGGAUAGAUGCGGUUCCUCCCCCGAGUGGUAUGGAUGUUGUUCCUCCCACGGGUGGUAUGGAUGUUGUUCCUUCCACGAGUGGUAUGGAUGUUGUUCUUUCUACGAAUGACAUGGAAGACCGUGUCCAACGGCGUCGACGGAAGAUAGCCGAGGCCACGCUUCGGCGGCGUCAAGCCGAGACUGAGGAAGAACGCAAGCGUCGUUUGGCUGCUGCCGCAGAGUCAAGGCGACGGAAGCGUGCAGCGGAAAGCGAAGAGGAAAGGCAAUACCGUUUGGCAACAGCAGCAGAGGCAAUGCGUCGGAAGCGUGCGGCGGAAAGUGAAGAGAAAAGAAAACGGCGUUUAGUAGCUGAAGCAGAGGCGGCGCGUCUGAAGCGUGCGGCGCUAAGCGAAGAGGAAAGGCAACAACGUUUAGUAGCCGAAGCGAACGCCAAGCGGGUCAAGCGACAGGCGGAUUCUGCGAGACGGCAAAGGGAAGCCGAAGCGAAGCGACGCAGGCGGCAAGCGGAUUCUGCACUACGGCAAGCGGAGGCCGAAGCGAAGCGACGCAGGCGGCAAGCGGAUUCUGCACUACGCCUAGCGGAGGCCGACGCGAGGCGACGCAGGCGACAAGCGGACGCUGGAGUAACUGUAGCGGGUACAGUUACUCGAGCGGAGGCCGAAGCGAAGCGACGCGGGCGGAAAGCGGAUUCUGUACUACGGCAAAAGGAGGCCGACGUCGCGGAAGCGGAGCGCCAACAUCAACUACACAUUGGGGCUACGAACACCUUCGAGCGGGAUUUUCUGGAGAAUCCAUUUGGCCAAGUAUGCUCUGUGUGCCAUAGACUGUGGCAUAAAAAGGAUCUAUGGAGUGAAAAUAAAAUUAAAAGGGAGUUAAAGAAACAAACAAACAAACAUAAAUGGUAUAACAAACAGAAACUUUAA